AUGUCUAACUUCUUUGUUGAACUAUGGGAAGGCAUCUUCCAACCCGGCCCCACGCCGCAGCUAGUCAUCGCAACACACGUUUCUUUCACUUCACUUCUAUCAUUGCUGGCUUCCCUCCUCUACGUCACCCGCAAUAUACACGUCGCUGCACUCUCCCUCAUUGCAUUAUUCCUCUGGAUAACUGUCACAUGGUUUAUAAACGAGUUUCAGCACGCUGCCACCACCAAUAACGACAAAGACCACCGCCCCGCCACGGAGGACGGCACCAGUACCCAAAACUCACCCAUCCCGCCCUCUAUAUCCUACACUACAGCUAAUAGCACAACAACCUCGUCCAAUCCCAGGCCAAGGGCUCUUUGA